CUGUCAGGCGCGUCUCCAGGUGGCGGAUAGGAGAACGGCCGGAAAACCAGAAAUGGUUCCGGUUAACGGUGACUAUAAGGGAAGCCAACGGGCCUACACCCGUCCGAGCCAACUGAAGGUCAUCGUCGCGGACCAGCUAUACACCGUAAACCGUCCAUUCGGCGCAACGACCCCCAUGAUCCUGAAAGGGAGCGUGGGGUACGUGCUGAUGAACGGCACGGGGGUCUGGGCUUAACCACCCGGACCGCGUGGUGAGAACACUAUAAAAUCUCCCAAUUCCUAGGGUAUGGCGCGCGCCAAGGGAUGCAAGACUGGGGGGAAGCCCAGUCACUAGCGGCCAACUCUGGGGAACAAGGCGCACCCCAGUGUAUCCAGCCUUACCCCUGCAUGCGGGGCUCUGCAGGGGUGGACCACCCUUUCCCUAGCUACUCGUGGGAACAUCUAGGAUGGACCAAAACAAAAAAACCAAAGAAGGGGGCCAAGAGCAACCUUUGCCAGCAAUGGCGGCACCUAAAGGAACCGCUGUUGAGAAGUCAACGGCGGGGCCGCAAGGAACCGCCGCUGAGAAAGUAAAAGAGGGACCUGCCGGGAGGAAACGACCGUCGGGGGCUCAAAGAAGGAAAGCCAAACUGUUGGCGGCCAAGGGAAGGGGGGGGACGGGGCCCAAAGAGGCACUGACACCCACCCAGACCAAGGCCAAUACGAGCGAGACGCAAAAACGACAUCGCUCGGAGGGAGAAACUCCGCCGGAGUCAAAACGACCCAGGAAAAAGCCCAGGGGCCCAAGACGGGAACCAGGGCUGUCCUAUCGGGAUGCUGCGGCGGGGCUAAGAAUGGCCAUAACAGCCAAAAAAUACCCCGAGGCAUUCGUCUCGGAGGAGCAGGCAAACACCCUAAAGGGCUGGCUGCUCAACAAAACGCUCGCUCUGCAGAGCGGAUCACAAAUCGCGCCCAAGUUUGCAGGCGUAAGCCACGGUGGGGGAAUCCUUCACAUCACCUGUGUCGACGAGUCAACUAAAAAUUGGCUCGUCGGACUGGUGCAGAAGGAAACUCCCUGGGAAGGGGCUGAACUCCAGAUAACGGAGGACGGCAAACUUCCCAGACCGGUGAAGGCAAUAACAUGGGUGCCGGGACCUACUGAGGAACCGAAAGCACUCCUACACAAGCUGGAUGUUCAAAACAACAUCAACACCAGCUUGUGGAAAGUGCUCGACAUGAGGAAGGACCAGGACGACAAGGGUUGCCUGGUAACGCUCCUCAUGGACGAGAAAUCCUGGGCCAAAGUAAGGGAAGCGAAUCAAUCGCUAUACCUUAACUUUGGCAGCAUAAAAAUUAGACUCUUGGCCGGCAGCCAAGAGAAAGAGAAGAGGGACCAGGCAACCCCUAUGGAAACAGAGGGAUUGCCGGGAACCUCUUCCUCCUAA